UCGCGUUCAACCUCUCUUGACCCUCGAACACGACGAUUAAAGCGACAACAAACGACGACAAUCGGACUAUCAUCGAACAUCGUCCUGUAUCAGGUAGACGUAUUGCUUUUACUUCAUUCAACACUCAUUAUAUUAGUCAUUUCUGCACACGAACCGAGCUAUAUCGCACCGCCAUACAACAACGGCGAUAUUCAAGGGGCUGGUCGCCAAAGCGACUCCCUUUACGACUCCCUUUACACAACACAUAGCUAUUCGCUAUGGACCGUAGAAAUAGAUUCGAGGACGGCGAAGUCACCAGGUAUGGCGCGGGCGAGUCUUGGAGACCCUUCCCUCGGGAUCGGUCACCUCGUCGGCCUAGGACGCCGCCAAGAGACCGUGACCGCGACCGCGACCGCGAAUGGGACCGCGACCGGAACAUCAGAGACAGGGACAGAGUGAGAGAACGCGAGAGACCACGGAGUCCGCCUUUGGUAUCCGAUAGCUACGUGCCAGGUAGAUCCCCGCCACGUCGCCGGUCACGGAGUUUUGACCGAUUUCGACGCGAGAGGUCUCGGGGAGGCGGCGCAGACACUUGGAGGAGGCGGGAUAGGAGCCGCAGCCUGCCGCGUCGUCCGUCGCCGCCGAGGCGGAGUCCCGUUGGUAGACGCACCCCGCUAGGCAGGUCGCCCGCCAUACGGGAUGAGCGCCCCGAUAGACCGAGGUCUCCUCGCCGUGAUAGGGACAGGCUUUUCGACCCACGUGAUAACAGACGGAGAUCCCGAUCACCGUUCGGAAACCGAGAUCGGGGCUUUCCCGAACGGCCGUCACCGAGGCGGUCUCCCGUACCACGCCCCGGAUUCCGACCUCGAUCGCGCAGUCCCAACCGCCGCGGUGGUGAGAACUAUCAGCCAGCACCGUACAUGAGACGUCACUCGCCGCUUCCGCCUGUGCCAAAGGAUAUUAUCCUCCCAGCAAGACCUGCAUCUCGCAGGACGUCCCCGUAUCCAAUACACCCACCAAGACCACGCUCACGACCCGCUUCUCGAGCUGUGUCGCCCGUCCAGAACAACACCCCGGUCCCAUUAUCUAUAAAGCGAGAAACCCCCAAGCCCGCUCGACAAGAGCAACCCGCGGCUGGCGGUGCGAAAUCCCCACCCCGCGGCCCCGCUGCGCUACGAGUCCCGCCAACCGGGCCGGGACAGGCAAGUCGGAACUUCACCGCUCCAGCAGCCGCUCCCAGCGCCCAGACCCUCCAGACCCUCCAGACCCUUCAGGCGACUCCGGCUACCCAGACUCCCCGUCAACAGCAGCCAUCGAGCACACAGCCCCCACGAUCGGACGCAAGCAGCCCAACCGUACCACCCGCCGGUCCUCGAGGCUACGUGCCUCCUAGGGGCGGUGGAUUCGGCGCACGAGGCGGGCGCGGGGGUUGGCCAUCCGGCGGGCCGACACGCCAUGCGAGCAUCUCCUCGCCCUCCCCUUCGACCCCAGGACCGAACCCUACCACCAACACCAUUCCCACGGGUCCCCGCGCUGGAUCGUCCGGUCCUCUCCCACCCACUCCCUCCGCGGUGCCCCCCAAACCCUUCAACCCACCGACAGGCCCGGCUGCCCAACUCCCCAGCGCCGUGGCCCCAGCCCGACCGACUCUCGCCCAGACCUUGAUUGCCACCCUUCCGCCCAUCAUACCGGGCGGCAAGCUGGACCCGGCUUCGCUUCCGUCCAGCCUGGGCGUGACGCGCGACCUGGAGCCGCACUACAGGAAGCUGAAGGUCGAGGAGGAGAAGCUGCGGGUGGAACUCGACGCCAAACACGACCGGCUGCGCCAGUGUGUCGCCGUGUGGGACAAGCUUGAGCUCGAAUCCAAGGCCUGGAAGACCAAAGUCGAUCUCAACGAGCAGAGCGUGAAAGGCGCCCCCGGUGGGGAGCUGGGCGGUGCUGCCUUUUAGCCAUACCAGCGGACUGAUGUUUUUUUCUUUCGGCCUUUUCCGCGAGCCACCACUGGAUUUGAACUUCCUCCCUCUACGUGGCUACGUGGCCGGCUCCUUUACGUUACGCGGGUUGCUAUGCUAGCUAGUGCCAGCAUCUCUGGCUGCCUUGUUGCCCUUGUGGUUUCUGGAUUGUAUGGUUAUAUUCUAGAUCCAGACUAGAAAAGUGCAUGUCU